GAGAAGCAAGCACGAUUUUCUCUUAUCAGCUUCAUUCGGUUCUCUGGACUCAUACCUUCUAGCUUCGAACAUUGAUCGACCCAGUGCGUUGAGGUCUUGCACAACCAACACUUGUGCCUUUCGUGUUCUUCAUGUCCGACAUGGUUGACGUUCCAUCUUGUUCUACCUUGGUUUCGCAGAGGGGCUGAUGCUCUCAUGCGGGACUUCAUUUCUGUUGUCAUCCACUUCAUAAUGUUUUCCAGUGUGGCUUCCUUUUUCUCUCUUUCGAGAUCUCGUGCCCAAACCUUGCGAUCAUCACUUGACAUUUUUUGCUCGAUUAAAGCUAGCAUAUGAUUAUUGUUCAUAUCGUUGGGGCGACCGACUUCUUUAAGUGUGUUGUAACUUCUGUUAACUAGGUGGACCAGUUCACAAAACCGAGCGUCUUCGCCAUCCUGAAGUGCUUUGAACUUGGAUAGGUCUUGUGUAAUUGUGUCUGCUAUGAAUCGUGGAUCUCCAUAAAUUGAGUCGAGAUACUCCCAUGCGGCUUUGUAAUCACAUCCUAUGCCCUUAAUCAGUUCUAGUGGUUUUCCUUGAAGACUUGCCCGUAGUAUUCUUAUUGCAUCUCUGUCGCUGUACUGUGAUUCAACAACAUGCUUGAAAUCACCCCGAAAUAUUACGUAGUCUCUUACAUCUCCACUGAACUUCGGUAAUUUCGGCUUUUCAACUUUGAACGCACACGAUUUAACUUCCUUGUUACUGGUUGGACUCUCUGCAUUAUUAUCCAUUUGCUGUACUGCCGGUUGGGGUGUCAAUUCCUGAACUGUUUGUUCUGUUUCUUCGGUAAGUUCUACAUCUUGAGAAUUGCUAUCUGUGUUUUGUUCUGGUAUUUGAUUCUCUAUAAUAGCUGUGCUGGUAUUUUCUCCGUUAAUUUCUUGGUUUUCCUGCGUUUUCUUAUAGCUAUAUCAUUUUCUGCGCACGUGUCUUGGGUGACUGUUCCUGUUUUGAUUUCAAAAUAUAAUCUUUCGCUCUGAAUUUCAAAAUUAAUGUUUUCUCGCGGCAAUCUUCGAUCCAUUUUUCUUCCUUAUCAAAUUCUUCGUCAUCGACCUUUUCUACUAAAGCCUCAUGCUUUUCUACGACAGUUUUAUAGUCUAUUUCUACUAGUUCUAGCGCUUCUGUUAUCUCUUCAACAGGCCGGUUGUUUUCAAUCAUGCUGUAUAAAUUAUUACUGCGACGUGUUAGCGAACUUUUCGCGUUUCUUCUGGCCUUUUUCGCAUCCAUUUUACAGUGAAACUUUAUCAGCCUUUGCUGUGAACCUUUGGGACUCCAGAUAUAAACACAGAAAUCGAAUUUAUGGUCCGUUGGGUUCGACAGAACUCAAUAUAUUACCGACAAAGACCCGCGAAUCGUAUAGUCAAUUGAACGUAUUAAAUAUGUCAAUAAUUUUUAUUCGAUCUAAAAGUAUAAAAAUAUAAAACUAAUGUAAGUAAAGUAUAAAUGGUACAUACGUGUUCUUUCUCAGUAACUUACUUCUUGGCGAGUCUUUGAACAAUCCUCUUUAACAACAAAUAAUUCGUCCGAUAUAUCUAGCGUGUCCGAUAUAGUUUCAAGUCGCUAUUACAAACCUUAUAACACAUGUAUUAUUUCCCGCGUCUUAGCAUAAUUAAGAAUGCUAAUCUGAAUAUAUUACAUAAAUAAAUAUACAUUACGUCACUGUUCGCAACAACUGUCCAAACCCAAAAUGAAACAACUGAGGACAUAACUAUAACUAGUGAAUCAGUUACACAACAAGAUAAGCCACAAAGUGCAUUUCUUAACAUGAAAACAAGCAUGCUCCGUCGGGAAUUCAAGAUACAAGGACAAAUCGGAGAGCCAGGGCAUAAAGAUAAACUAGCAUAUCAGUCACUCAUUUCACAGAUUGAAAUUGGGCUGCAAAAGGGUUACACAGAAGAGGAAAUUACCCAUGCUGUUGUUAGAGCUGUUCAGGCUGGGUUACAACUACGAAGUUAUUUGGAGGGAAUAAAUGGGUUGACAUUACCACGAUUACGUAAAAUCAUUACCAGAAAUGUGGGUCAAGAUGGUGGACAUGACAAAAAAUUACGCAACAAAAUGGCGUCCGAUAAUGCUAGGAUUAGUAUAGGCAUAUAAGAACUUUCUAAGAUAUCGCAUCAAUGAGCCGCAAAUCACGCUUACUUGGCAUCGUUUCACAUGCUAUGCUGAUUCAGGAAUCUAUUAAUUCUAACAACUAUUUCUAGAAUAAAAUACACUCACUUCCCGAGAUCAUUACUGAUAUCACAUUCCCCAGCAUAAUAACUCCUUAUAUUGCAUGUGAAUCUGACAAUACACGCCACAAACGCAGCCUGGUGGACGGAAAUAUAUCCAGCGAAAUCUUGAGCUUGGCAUCGCAAUUGUUUCAAUAGCAUUCAAAGUUUAUAUAUUCGCCAGCAAAAGUAUCUAAAUUCCGCAGGAAACUACUUCCAAAAUCCUCUAAACUUAGCCAUUUUAUUUAUCCAUACAUGCUACAAGGGGCCAUUUUUAUCAGCACAACUACGAUAAAAUUUUCAUACAUGAUACAUUGCGUUUCUUCUCCGCCAUAUUUGUUUUUAAAUUAAUUAUGCUCUUCCCAGUCUCUUACCCUGCCCAGCACGCAAAUUUAUGCACCUUUCUCAGCUAAAUAAAUUUAUUAUACGUGCGUAAACGCGUCAAAUUUGGAAAUUAUUUCUUCGAUCGUGCCACAAAUAGUGGUUCUGCUGUUGUAAAAAAUGUCAGACAAUCUUACAUUAGUUAAUAGCAGUAAAAUAAAAUGGAAUUUAGCCGUCAGCACGGAGUUUCCCCUUCAAUAUAUUAACAACACGAUUUGUCUUUGAAGAAUGAGCCGCCAUUUUGUUUGUAUUUUUUGAUGAAUCAUCAUUUAUGCGUAAAACCGCUGGAUACGAUUGCGGACGAAAAAUGUCCCACAUUUCUGGUAAUGAUACUACCACAGUUUACGCUUUCAUUUCCAAGAGAAAAGUGCUACCGAGCUCUACCAGCUCUUGGCUAAUAUCAGUCAAGCCCCAAAAGAAAGUCCACAAGAAUUUUUAAUUCGUGCCCUGACGAUUCGGCAAAAAAUAGUGUUUGCAUCAAAAGAAUCGGAUACCAAGAUCAAAUAUGAUGAAGGGCUUGUCCAAGGCCUAUUCUUGCAUGCCCUAGAAACUGGCCUUGUCGAUGAAACCAUUCGGGCAAAAAUGAGGCCACUCCUUAAGAACGAAUCAGUGGCUGAUGAAGAGCUAAUUGAAGUAAUGAGCUCUGCGAUGGCUGCUGAAUCAGAAAGAGCCACGAAGUUCAACCAGGUGGGCCGAGUAAAGUCCUCACCAAAAGUCUCAAAGAUAGAAACCGGAGUGCCACCAAGACCUGCAGAGUCACCAAAUGCACAUGAUAGUGAGAUACUGGCCACAUUAAAAGCGAUCCAGGCAGAAUUGAAUACAGUUCAGUCCGAGGUAGCUAGCUUGCGGACGAAAGUAGACCAGAAAGAUUCCCCUCAAGGACACCCCCCUUCCAGUACCUUCAUGACGGGUCGUGUUGGUCAAAACCGAAGAAAUGAUGGCCGUCAAGGUGAUUACCCUCCAUUGUGUAAAAAGUGCCACGAAGAGAAUCAAGUUAAUUGUCCUCAUUGUUUCAAAUGUGGAGGAAGAAAUCACACUGCCCGAUAUUGCAGGUUGGGAAACGAGAGGAGGCUACCCCUGAGGGACUAGGAGUAGCCGCGUCAAACCAGAAUAAGUCCCACCGAUGCAAUGGUUGUAACCAAGAGGAAGUUCACGCUAACUUUAAACGUUGUUCUACCUGCAAACUGGUGUAUUAUUGCUCAAAAUCAUGUCAAAAAAGACAUUGGAGUGAGCACCAAAUACUUUGCAAUGCCAUUAAGGAACAACUAAAUCAAAACAAUGAAACUCUCAGAGGACUGGGAGAUAGUUCAGACACAGAAAUGUUUGCAAGUCACCUUUCUCCAAAGAAACACACCGCAAUUGCUAAACUUGUUGGUCGCAAAUGCUCUGUUCGGUGUAUUGUAAAUGAUGUUGACAUGGAAGCGUUAUGGGACACUGGAGCCCAGGUCUCCAUUUUCCCGGAACAGGUUCUGUCUGACAAUUUUUCUGAUUUGAAAAUACGUGAUAUUAGUGAAUUGCUUGGUGCGGGUUCUGGUCUGAAUUUAACUGCGGCAAAUGGGACAUCAAUCCCUUAUAAAGGCUGGGUGGAAGCUAGAUUUAGAUUAAACCGAGAAGAUGAAAAAGAAGUAACAGUACCAUUCUUAGUAACACCCGAACAGUUGGAACAACCAAUAAUUGGGUACAAUGUUAUUGAACUGUUUUUGCAAGAAGGUGAAAACUACUCAGAUAAUUUAUCAGUGGCACACCAUAUAGUGUCAAGUUUUAAUAAUGUUGGAGUGAAAGAUGCUGAGCAAUUGAUAAACAUUAUCCAAAGAAAUGAUGGGGAGUUGUUUUGCCAAGUAAAAACAUCCAAACGUCACAUUACAAUACCGAAGAAAGCUACCAAAACAGUACCCUGUCGAGCAAAUACGGGAACGAUUGAGAAUACAAGACCAGUGCUUCGAAGUGCUUUUUGAACCUGAUGAAAAACAAGAGUGGCCUCCCGGCCCGGAUUAAUAGUUCAUGAAACCUUAACAUCUGUGAAAAAGGGAAAAUCCACAAUCAUGCAAGUGCAAGUGACAAACGAUACAAUGCAUGACAUCGUACUACCUGGACGGACUGUUUUGGGAAGCCUUGAACUUAUUCGUUCUGUUACACCAAUUGAGGUGAAAUUAAAGGAAAAUGUAGAUGAUGAGAAAAGAGCUGAUAUGAAUUUUGGAAUGGAGAGACAGAGGACUAGUCAAACUAAGGACUCUUGCCAUUCAGCUGUAAAUUCUGAGAAAGAACAAUUCAUACCGGAAGUCGAUUUAAGUACUCUCACACCCGAACAGCAAACUUUGGUAAAAAAAAUGUUGUAUGAAGAGCGAGAUACUUUUUCGAUCGACGAUAAUUGGCGGCCCAUCCAAAUUGCCCAAAGAUUUUCCAUGGCCCAUCCCAAAUCACUCCGGCCCACCCUAGCAGUUACUUUAUGACCGGUCCCUAAUAUAUUAAAUACUUAGGAACUAGUUAAUAAAUUACAAGAUAAACUACAUUACGUACCGAAGGAUUGAAAGUUCUGGAAAGCCUGAAAAUAUGUCGACGGGUUGAAUCCUAGCUGCACUAAUAACCCUUCUUCAAAAAAACUUAACGCUCGAAGGAAACUCACUAACAAUAUCUUGGUCAUAGUAAAUGUGAACACAACGAACUAUACACUUAUAUUGUUCUAUAUAUUAAUACGCAUAUCAUCUUCACUGUAAGGAAGACAGUAGCUGUAACUAGGGUACCGUACGUAAGGCACUGUACCAUGCUUGUAAUUUCAUCCAUUCCUGAAGAUACUAAAAUAUAGUCGAAUAAAACGUAGAAAAAUAAAAAUGCUGUCAUUUCUUUAAAUUAUUUCAUUAUAUACAGGGUGUAUAAAAAAAUUGCCAUAUUAUUGUGUGUUAAGUAUUGAGUAUGUAGAUUUAAUUUUCACAUCCUAACACAUUUCACAUCCCAUCAUUUGAAAGUGAUGUCUGUAAACGACUUUGUUAUUUCCUACGAAGUACAAAGUCUAAUUCUUUGUAUUCUUCUCAUUCCUGCAAUGUUAUUUAUCAACUACAAACUGUUUCUAGUCGUCAGGAAAAGUCGUAAAAGCAAACGAAUAUCGCCCGAGAUGAAAAAGACAUUUUCUUUGAAAAACAUAUCGAGUUGUUUGCUGGUAGUCGCUUGUGUUGUGGUGGUCUCCAUUCCAUGGUUCGUCUACAUUGGAUUAAGAGUAAACUCGCCAGAGACAAGAAAUACUUUGGAUGAUGCAAAACUUGCAGCGAUGUGGGGUAUAACCAAGUCGAAUAAAACGUAGAAAAAUAAAAAUGCUUUCAUAUCUUUAAAUUAUUUCAUUAUAUACAGAGUGUAUAAAAAAAUUGCCAUGUUAUUGUAUGUUAAGUAUUGGGUAUGUAUAGAUUUAAUUUUCCCAUCCUAAUAAAGAUUAGGCUUUUAACUAUCGAAUGAGAUAUUUUUCUACCAUUGCUUAAAAACUGAACUAUCACGACAAUUUAAAAUGGCCGAUUUUUCUGCCGUUACAUGAUGUUAUAAUUGCAUUUAUUGUUGAAAUUAUUCUCUGAAAGAACAGUCAAAGUUUAAAAGAAUAACAAGGAAUAGUUUUCAAAAGAAUUCUCAAAUAAUCAAAAUAAGAACAAUCUAGUCUUGGCGAUUAAUUUAAAGAUGAUUCAACUCGUCAUUAGACAACGAAAUUCUGUGGAUAAAACAUUUUACGAAAUCUGAAGUUUGCAGAGAACUUGUAAUGCCUAUAUAAUGUUUCUCUGAAAUUCUCUCAUAUACAGCGACCUCCAUUUGGGCAAAUGUUUGAACAUUCUGAGAAUAUUUUGCGCCAGCAGAGAUCUACAUGCAUAUCAGUAUAUGACCAUCUGCUCGCCAUCUCGGGGCAUUGGCAUUGGUCGAAACAUUUAUUUAGAAAGUAGUAUCAAUAUUGUAUAAUUACUUUCUUAUUGUGAGUUGGUUAUAGAACAACAUAGAGACAUUUUUAAUGUAAAAAUCGAAAGCGACUGAGACGCGAGCUUGUAUUUCCUUUUAUUUUGCAAUUAACGACUCGACGAAAAGUGCUUUUUCGCUUGGGCCACUUGUACUUUCAAAACAAACUUUCAUUUACAUGUCUCACCAUCGCACCUGUUCUCAAGUUGUUUUCGAAAAGGCAAAACUGCAAUUGCAAACUAAUAAUAUAUGUUGAACGAGAACAAUAGAUAAUCAUGCACUUUACACAACUUUAACAUAUCACAUUUCUAUAUACUACGACUAGCAAAAAAACAAAUUACUAAAAUUAAAAAUAAAAUAUAAAAAUUAAUAAACUUUAGCAUUGCACGUUUGAAAUUCAUGCAAUAAUACGAAAAUUUCGAGUGUAAAUUUUAUACAUUUAUUAAGAGCCAACAUGGAGCAGUUGUGAAAAAUGCAACUAUAUAUAGACCCUCUGGCAGGAAUCAAACCUGUGGUCCUGCGAUUCCAGUGCAGCGCUCUAACCACCUGAACUACAGAGUCCACCUGGAUAGUUCAUCAUAAAUGUAUAUAAAAUUUAGACUGGAAAUUUCCAUCUACAAAAUCCGUCAACAUUAUUCUUCAAUCAACUGAGAUGCCCAAAAAUCAUCAUAAUAAUAUGUCCCCCCCCCCCCGUACCCCAUACUUUUCUUGAGGAUCAAUUUUGUAAUUCUUUCAACACUGAGGAGAAACUGGGGGGGUGUAACCUCUUAAUGUUUUCAUCUGUGAUAUAAAAUAUACCAACUGUGUGGCUUUCAGACUAUCAUAAAACGUGUCUAAAAUGCAUGAAAAUCCUAAAACUCUUCCUGGAGACGAUCUCCCCUUUCGCCCCCCCCACCAAACACAUUUGGGGGUGGCUACGCCCCUGUCCCCCACGAUUACAGAAGCUCCACCAUCACUAAUAAAGAUAUAAAUAGUUUGUUCUGCGGACGUGCCAUUGACCAGCAUAAAACUUCAAGUAGAAGGUCUUUGAAAUUUAAAAGUGAAAUUGACAGUGGACAUAUUAAUGCAUGGAUUUUAAAACGUACAAUAUCAAAAGGAUUUUAAAUUUACUUUGCCGUAGAAAAUAAAACAGUCUUACUUUUAAAGUUACGGACAGUACAUCUCAUUCUGUCAACAUGUAUAAUUAAAACCUACCUUAAUAGUUUAACAGUAAUCUGUUUGCAGUUUUGGAAAACAACUCGAGAGCAGGACGAGACAUUUGUUCUGAGAGGACAGAUAGUCCAAGAGAACAAAACGUUUCAUCUUACCGCCGAGUUAAACACAUAAGAUGAGGCUAAAAACCAGGCUAAACGUAUACUUAUUAAAAGAAAUAAACUUCAGUUCUAAACUGUUUUCCCUAGAGGUUCCGCAAGGGUCAUCUCUUAUAUUGAUUCAGGAUUACUAUACAGGAGAAAAUCUAAACAAAACUAAACUUUAAUUAUAUUGCAUUGAUAACUAUUUCAGUUCUAAAUCAGUAUGAUGAACGCGUCAGUGUUAUAACAGCCACUCCCUCGUAUUUGUAUAUCUUAUAUAACACUGCCGUUCAUGUGGUAUUUCUUGUAUACAAACUUCCAUGCAUGAGCUUGCGUGUACUUAUGCAAUAUUUUCAAACACAUCUAAGCACAGAGGCAUACUAUUUCUUCUUCAUAUUACCAUUUUAUGACAGGAAAUGUAUAGUUUACUUGUAUAUGUCAUUUAUACACUCGAGUACUUGAAGUUCAGGUGUCAUAUCUUAAACACAACUGUUUUAGUUUUAUGUUUAAUUCUUCAGAAGAAGUCGCUCGAGGAUGGAAUCUUAUUAUUUUAUCAACCUCAUAUUCAUAUUUGCUGUGAACAUAUUCUUCUUUUUCUCAGGAAUAUGUUUAAAUUCCUUGGUCAUACUCAGUUUCUGGAAAUCCGUACAACUUCGAAAGAAAUUAUGUUAUUUCAUGAUAACGGUUUUGUCCUGUUGCGAUUUGCUCGCGGUUUUAAGCAAUAAUCCAUUGAUCGCGUUCAUCACCAUGUCAUGGUUGACGGGAAAGUUGGAUGGAAAUGCUAAAUGGCCUCAUACUUCCUUAAGUUGGACAAGUCUUUUCCUUGGUUUUUCGUAUUUCGCUCUUUUGGUGAUGAAUUUCGAUCGAUAUUUGGCGACAUCUUAUCCUAUCUUUCAUCGAACAUCGGUAACGAAGGGAAGACUUUUAACUCUUCUUGCAAUACUGAACAUGGUCAAAGUAAUUUUGAAAGUCAUGUCUGUAAACGACUUUGUUAUUUCCUACCAAGUACAUACUCUCAUUCUUUGUAUUCUUCUCAUUCCUGCAAUGUUAUUUAUCAACUACAAACUGUUUCUAGUCGUCAGGAAAAGUCGUAAAAACAAGAGGAUAUCACCCGAAAUAAAAAAGACGUUUUCUUUGAAAAACAUAUCGAGUUGUUUGCUGGCAGCCGCUUGUGUUGUGGUGAUAUCCAUUCCAGCGGGCGUCUACAUUGGACUAACAAUAAACUCGCCAGAGACAACAAAUACUUUGGAUAAUGGAAGCCUUGCACUGAUCUGGACUCUAACCAUAUCAUUGAUGAAUUGUACAUUUAACUGUUUAAUCUUUUACUGGAAAAACAAGGUGUUACGUACCGAAGGAUGGAAAGUUCUGAAAAGCCUGAAAAUAUGUGGACGGGUUGAAUCCUAGCUGCACCAUAGAUAUCUUAUAUAUACACUAGAUAGUGCAUCUAAUUAUUGUGCAAAUAAAAAAUUGAAGCCGGGAUUGCAGUCUCAGGUCAUUCCCAUGAAAUGAGAGAAGAUUAGUAUAUUUCCUAUUUCUUAAACAGGGAACAUAAAUAUUAAGUUAACCCUAUUCAAAUACAUGUUUAAACUAUUCAAAUGAUGAAAGUUAUUGCUGUUUUUAACCCUUUAUUAGCAAGUGGGAACGACCAACAUGACCGCCAUCUAUUCAAAUGGGGGUAACCGCUGGAAUAUUCUUGGCUUCAAUUUUGCUAAAAGAGAUGCGCUAUCUAGUGUAUAUAAGAUAUCUAUGAGCUGCACUAAUAAACCUUCUUCAAAAAAAACUUAAGGUUCGAAGGAAAGUCACUAACAAUAUCUUGUCAUAGUAAAUGUGAACACAACGAACUAUACACUUAUAUUGUUCUAUAUAGUAAUACGCAUAUCAUCAUCACUAUAAGAAAGACAGUAGCUGUAACUAGGGUAUAUAAGGCACUGUUAUGCUUGUAAUUUCAUCCAUUCCUGAAGAUAACUCAACUAUAGUCGAAUAAAACGUAGAAAAAUAAAAAUGCUUUCAUUUCUUUAAAGUAUUUCAUUAUAUACAGGGUGUAUAAAAAAUUUGCCAUGUUAUUGUGCGUUAAGUAUUGGGUAUGUAUAGAUUUAAUUUUCCCAUAGAUUCCCUAGAUUUAAUUAAGCCUUUAGCUAUCGAAUGAGAUUUUUUUUCUAUCAUUGCGCUAAAAACUGAACAAACAUGCACGACCGAUUUAAAAUGGCCGAUUUUUUGCCGUUCCAUGACAAUUGCAAACGCGUAUGUCUGAGUGUUGAAAUUAUUUUCUGAAAGAAUGGUCAAAAUUCAAAAGAAUAACAAGGAAUGGUUGUCAAAAGAAUACUCAAAUAAUCAAAAUAAAAAUAAUCUAGUCUUGGCAAUUAAUUUAAAGAUGAUUUAACUCGCGAUUUAUAUAUCGACCUUCUCGCCAUCACGGAGCAUUGGCAUUGCCAUUGAUCGAAACUUUAGAAAGUAGGCCUACUGUAUAUUGUAUAAUUACUUCCUUAUUGUGAGUUGGUUUAGAAUAACAUAGAGACAUAUAGUUUUUAAUGUAAAAAUCGAAAGCGAAGACGCGAGCUUGUAUUUCUGUUUAUUCCGUAAUUAAAGACUCGACGAAAAGUGCUUUUUCGCUUGGGCCACUUGUACUUUCACUGCAAACUUUCAUUUACAUGUCUCACCAUCGCACCUGCUCUCAAGUUGUUUUCGAAAAGACAAAACUGCAAUUGCAAACUAAUAAUAUAUGUUGAAGGAAAACUAUAGAUAAUCAUGCACUUUACACAACUUUAAAAUAUCACAUUUUUAUAUACUACGACUAGCAAAAAAACAAAUUACUAGAAUUAAAAAUUAAAAAUAAAUUAUAAAAAUUAAUAAAGCUUUUAGCAUUGCGCGUUUGAAAUUCAUACAAUAAUAAUACGAAACUUUUGAAUGUAAAUUUUAUACAUUUAUUAAGAGCCAACAUGGAGCAGUUGUGAAAAAUGCAACUAUAUAUAGACCCUCUGGCAGGAAUCAAACCUGUGGUCCUGUGAUUCCGGUGCAGCGCUCUAACCAACUGAGCUACAGAGUCCACCUGGAUAGUUCAUCAUAAAUGUAUAAAAUUUCCAUCUACAAAAUCCUUCAACAUUAUUCUUCAAUCAACUGAGAUGCUCAAAAAUCAUAAUAAUAAUAUGGUCCGACCCCCCCCCCCCGUGCCCCACACUUUUCUUCAGGAUCAACAUUGAAAUUCUUUCAACACUGAGGAGAAACUGGGGAGCGGUAACCUCUUAAUGUUUUCAUCUAUGAUAUAAAAUAUACCAACUCUGUGGUUUUCAGAUUAUCAUGAAAAUCCUAAAACCUUUCGGGAGACCAUCUCCCCCUCCCGCCACCCACCUUUGGGGGUGGCAACGCCCCUGUCCCCCACGAUUACAGAAGCUCCCCCUCAUUAAUAAAAUAUAUCAAAAGUUUGGUCUGUGGACGUGACAUUGAACAGCAUAAUACUUCAUGUAAAAGGUCUUUUGAAAUUUGAAAAGUCAAAAUGACAGUGGACAUAUUAAUGCUUGCAUUUUAAAACGUACAAUGUUAAAAGGAUUUUAAAUUUACUUUGCCGUAGUAUAUAAAUAGAUAUUGCACUAAAGAUAUGUAAAGUACAUAUCAUUCUGUUAUUGCUGUUUGCAGUUUUGGAAAACAACUCGAUCGAGAGCAGGGCGAGACGUUUGUUUUGAGGGAACAGAUGGCCCAAGCUAACAGCACGUUUCAUCUUACUGCCGAGUUAAACACAUUAUAAGAUGAGGCUAAAAACCACACUAAACCUAUACUUAUUUAAAGAAUUAAACUUCAGAUCUAAACUGUUUCCCUAGAGGUCCCGCAAGGGUCAUCUCUUAUAUUGAUUCAGGAUUACUACAGGAGGAAAUCUAAACAAAACUAAACUUUAUUUAUAUUGCAUUGAUAGCUAUUUCAGUUCUAAAUCAGUAUGAUGAACGCGUCAGUGUUAUAACAGCCACUCGCUCGUAUAUAUUUGUAUAUCUUCUAUAACAUUGCUGUUCAUGCGGUAUUUUUUAAAAAACAAAUUUCCAUGGGCUUGCAUGGUACUUGCAUGGAAACACAUCAAGACAAAGAGGCAUAUGCUAUGUCUUCCUCAUAUUACCAUUUUAUGGUAAUGAAAAGUAUAGUUUACUUGCAUAAGUCAUUUACACACUCGAGUACUUGAAAUUUAGGUGUCACAACGAUUUUAGUUUUGUGUUUAAUUCUUCAGAAGAAGUCGCUCGAGGAUGGAAUCUUAUUAUUUUAUCAACCUGAUAUUCAUAUUUGCUGUUAACAUAUUCUUCUUUUUCUCAGGAAUAUGUUUAAAUUCCUUGGUCAUACUCAGUUUCUGGAGGUCCGUACAGCUUCGAAAGAAAUUAUGUUGUUAUAUAGUUAGUGUCAAACUUCAAUAUUUCUGUUUGCCGAUUGGUCAAAACCGUAUCACGUGCCGGUCCACAAAACGUCAUGUUCGGCAACCGGUUCGCAAUGAAACAUUUAUUGACCGGUCAAUAAUAAAAUGGGUGCAAUACGCAUGCGUGUCAACCAUGAAGUUCCAAAGUUCAUUUUUUAAACGUUUUACUAAACAUUUAUGGCGUUCCAUUGAUUUAUCCAGUUUUGAUUUCAAAUUAAGUUCACUCCAAUAACCGGUGAACUACUCAUACUUUGACACUUAUAUACUAUAUAACAAAACACUUAUUUACUGAAACCUCGGGAAAGCAGUGUGUUUUGUGGCCCUCGACCGCCGUUGUUGCCCUCGGCUUCGCCUCGGGCAACAACGGCGGUCUCGGGUCCACAAAACACACUGUUUCCCUCGGUCUCAGUAAAUAAGUGAUAAUUAUUUCAUGAUAAUACUUUUGUCCUGUUGCGAUUUCCUUGCGGUUUUAAUCAAUAAUCCAUUGAUGGCGUUUAUCACGAUGUCAUGGUUGACGGGAAACUGAGUUGGAUGGAAAUGCUAGAUGGGCUCACGAUUCCUUUAGAUAGCCAGGUAUUCUCCUUGGUUUUCAUAUUUUUCUCUUUUGGUGAUGAAUUUCGAUCGAUAUUUGGCGACAUCUUAUCCUAUCUUUCAUCGAACAUCGGUAACGAAGGGAAGACUUUUAACUCUUAAUUCUUGCAAUAGUGAUCAUCGUCCAAAUAACUUUGAAAGUGAUGUCUGUAAACGACUUUGUUAUUUCCUACGAAGUACAAAGUCUAAUUCUUUUCACUCAGUGGUAAUUACCAUGAGGAUUUGGGACCAGUGGCGUCAUUCUGGCGUCAGCAAACGUGAAAAUCCGCCAUGUUUUUGGCUUCACCUCUUGAUGCCGAGCACUUCCUCCAGUUAUAUUAUAGCUCAGUGCGUUCAUCAUGCAAAAUACAUGUAAUGACGUCAUGCAAAAUACAUGUAAUGACGUCAUGCUCUAACAUUCUUCCUUUUUUGCUUCAGGUCGAAGAAGCUAAGAUGGAAUUGAAAAAAGUUGUGGAAUUUUUAAGAUCACCAGAAAAAUUUACUAAACUUGGUGGAAAACUGCCCUCUGGUAAACAUGCGUUUGAAAUUAUACAAAAAAGCAAUAAUUCUAGUUCAUGCACGUGUUGGCCAACACGGAUACCACGGUUUGCAUCCAAAGAGUGAACAAUCGUAGAUAACAACAUACGUGUAUUCUCACGUGAAACUUUCAUGUUUGUCAAGAGCAUGAAAUUGACAGGUUUCAAUCUGAUCAGCCAUUCACUAGUCAGUAGUUGAGACCAUUGAACUAUAAGUAAACUGGAACGAUAAAUUCGCCACCAUCUUUGAAGCCGGCCAUGAGUGUUUUCUGCAGUAUCCCCAGUCCUUUUUUACAAAAAGGAUGCGAAAAAUACGCUUGCACAGUUUUGCACAGCUUGUUGUGGUAGUGUGGGUGCUGAAAGAGUUCAGAGACAAUUUUAUACAAUUUAUGUAGAACAAUCUUAGAUACGGUUGAUAAUGGAUGUCCACACAUCCAGAAACGUACUUUAAUAAGUUAAAAUUAAGGAUUAAAUUAGUAAAAAUACUACGUGAAUAAUUUUGUGUAUUUAUCUUCGUAUACUACCUGCGAACAGGCUAUACUUGAGCGCCCGAAAUUUCGCUUCACCCAAACAUAGGCCUUUAUCAUAGGAGUUAUCGUUCCAGUUUACUUAUAUUAUAUAUGCAAUGGUUGAGACCUUUAAACGUCAUGAACACUAGCUAUAGCGUUUUGCGUGAGAAUGGACAAUUUUCUGCGACUGUUCAUUCAUAGAUGCAAAUGAUAGUAUAUUUUGCUUUGAGUACAUCCCGGUCAUGCUGGAAUCUUUUAUAUCUGCAUAUUUUUCUGCAUGGCGUGUGAAAUGUAGACAUGUUUUGGUUGCUUUAAAGUAGUACAUGAUAUAUAACUUAAUUGACCUCGGUAAUAAUCUCAUAUCACUCCUUAUGAUACGCGUUUAAUAUCAUAGUCACGACUUGAAGAAGCUGUUCUUUUCGAACACGAUAUUUUACUGUAAAAGUUUCAGCCAGCGCAGUGAAAUUUUAUUUAAAUCGUAUUCUUGCUUCAAAGUAUGAACAAAAUUUUAGUUCGGUGAAAUUGCAUUACUAUCAUAAAAUAUGAAAUUUGGAAUAUCACUCAUUGGUUUAUAAUAUGUUGCAGGUAUAUUGUUGAUUGGAGCCCCAGGCACUGGUAAAACGUUACUUGCAAAAGCUGUAGCAGGUGAAGCUGGAGUGCCAUUUUUCUUCUGUUCUGGAGCUGAGUUUGAUGAAAUGUUUGUCGGAGUUGGUGCUGCCAGAGUAAGAAACCUGUUUGGUAAGUGGAUCAAAAUGUUUUAUUUGAGUGAAUUGAGUCUCAGCUUGUUACUACCAGUUGGAUUCCACCAAACACCGUAGGUACGAGCAGUAACACUUGACCAUUAUAAUGGAUGAGCCUUGUUGGACCUCUAGAUAAAUAAUCGAUAUCAUGUAUGCCUUAUCGGUAGACAAUUGGAAUCGGUAGAAUUAUUUGUAUUCCCGAUUGUGUAAAACAGAUUGUUGAGAAAAUACGCACUUUAAAAAUUAUAUGCAUGGCAUGUUGAUACACGUUGCGUUUUAACGCAAUAUGUUAAAUUAACGCGUGAUGCGUACCAUAAUUUAUGAACGGUUUUAACGAACUUUGCAUGUAAAGUUUGUUCGUUCACUGCAACCAGGUAUAUCAAUCAUGUUUCGCUCGCUACUCUGGUUUAAAUAAAUGAUUACAAAGCCUAGUCGAAUAGUAAUCAAGACCCAACGAAACGUUGGGUCUUGAUUACAAUUCGACUGGGCUUUGUAAUCAUUUAUUUAAACCAGAGUAGCGAGCGAAACAUGAACUUUGCAUGGUUACCGUAACAUGUCACGUUAGAAAUUAUUGCUAAAUGAUCUAAAUGAAUGACGUCACCUUUACUUGGUCGACUGACAUUAUGACGUCAUUAUAGAAUCGGUAUCGGGUAGAUUGUUGCAAUGAAUAAUCGGUAAUUUCCGAUUGUGACACAAUCGGGUCAAUCACUACUAGAAAGAUCAGUUUAGAACUGAUGGAACUAUACAGUCUAAAAAAGAUUACUUUAGUUUGAUAAAACGUACACUCGGUAUUCUUAUACUGUGUUCAGCUGAAGUGGAUUAUUAUAAUUUAAACCUCUACCUAUUAUUGUACAGUUUAUGCAUGACUUCAUACAUGUAACCUAUUCUUUCACAGCUGCAAGCUAAGACAGUCACACCGUGUAUUCCAUUUAUUAAUGGACUUGAUUACGCUUGAUUAUAUGCAUACAAAUAUUCUUUUACUCUCCACAGCGGCAGCUAAGGAACUUGCACCUUGCAUUAUAUUUAUUGAUGAACUUGAUGCUAUUGGAGGAACGCGAAGUGUUGGAGAUCACCAACCUUAUUCAAGAAUGACAUUGAAUCAACUCCUCGUCGAGUUAGACGGGUAAGAUAAUUCAUUUUCAAUAAGUUGAGUUUUGUUAGGUCACGUGCUUUUACUAGAAGAAUGAUAAGACUUGUAAAACUUCCUGAAGAUUGCACAGGUGCUCGAAUUCUCCCCUAUGUUUCGUGUGCAUUAAAGUAUGUUCAGGAAGUGCAACUAGGCUCCGUGGCAGGAAUCGAACCUGCGAUUCCGAUGCAGCGUCGAGCUCUAACCGCAAGUUCAUGUAUAUGUACUAUAACAUAAUGCCAAUGUAAGAUGUAUGCAUGUUAUAUAUCAGGAUUUUGGGGCAUCUCACUCGAUAGAUGCAAUUGUAGGUGGAAAUUUUCUAGUGUAAAUGUGUAAGGGUUUUGUAGGCGGAAAUUUUCUAGUGUAAGUGUAUAAGGGUUUUGUAGGUGGAAAUUUUCUAGUGUAAAUGUAUAAGGGUUUUGUAGGUUGAAAUUUUCUAGUGUAAAUGUAUAAGAGUUUUGUAGGUUGAAAUUUUCUAGUGUAAAUGUAUAAGAGUUUUGUUGGUGGAAAUUUUCUAGUGUAAAUGUGUAUGGGUUUUGUAGGUUGAAAUUUUCUAGUGUAAAUUUUUAUUCAAAUGCUCCUGGCCUGGUCUAAUAAAUGUGUAAAAAUUUACGCUCGAAAAUUUCCAUCAACACUUUUACAAUGAAUUACAUCUAGUGAGUGUGAUGCCCUAAAUUCUGAUGUUGGGGAAGUGUCUCUCGUAGUUUUGUCUAGUUUUGUAAUAAUAGGUUUCGCAAAAUACUUUCUCAUUCUAACAUAUGAUUGGAUUAUUUAGGUUUGAUAAAACGGAAGGUAUUGUCGUUAUUGGUGCUACGAACUUUCCUGAAAUUCUCGAUAAGUAAGUAAAUAACAAAAAAAAAGAGACAAAAUGCUAAUAUUUAGAAGUCUUACUUUUAAUUGCAUAUUUUAUAUUUGUAUUGUUGUUCAGAAGAAAAGUACUUUAUUUCGAAAAUCUAACGUGGCUGAUAUUUCUAGGGCAUUAGUGCGACCUGGUCGUUUUGACAGUCGUGUGACAGUUCCCAUGCCAGAUGUACGAGCACGCAAGAGCAUCCUUGAACUUCACCUGGGCAAAGUACAGUUGGCAGAUGGUAAGAACCUAGUUAACUUGUUCACCAAUAACGACGCCAUGUUGAAUCGUGGUGCAUUGUGGUUUUGCUAUAGGGGGCAGAAAACUGUUUUUGGUGUGGAGAUAAUAUAUGAUAAUAUAUGGAAAAUUGAUUGUCAUGAGCACGUUCGCUUACCGCGCACAAAGCAUUCCGAGGAAGACUUGAUUCUGCCAAUCUCCUCCAAUCACUCCCACGCGCCUAUAAUAACCUAAAAACGCGUGGACACGAGGCUUUAAACGUUACAGGAUACACUAUUAUAAUAGCCGCGGUCAACUAGCACGUGUAUAGAGUAGGCAGUAUGAGACGGUCACAUCUUGCCCAUGCAUGCAGCAAUAUUAACAACAGUCAAAGAAGAAAGAGAGAUUAGGCUGGCUGCAUUUGAUAACCUACUGUAUUUGCAUUCAAUAACUUUAAGUCCGUAUAUUGAACCUCGAUAUGUUCCCCGCAAUUUGGGUUGUGUCGAACAAGACCUUGUCAAGACUACAGUAGGAGUGUUGAUAGGUUCCGGGACAAACUGUGUACGCCAUCCUCGCAGUUUGCAAUUUUCAUUAAGUACAUAUGAAUUAUGAAGUGGCAGAUACUAAAUUUCUCCUGGAAGUGCUGCAGAGUAUAGGAAAACAUCUACGUUUGAUGUUAUGUGUAUACAGGAAUAAAUUUUGAGAGGAUAUAUUUUCUAUUUAGAUGUUAGUCUUGACACUUUGUCCAGAGGUACACCUGGCUUUUCAGGUACGUUAGUCUAAAGAUGGUGAUCAAUUUGUCGUUGUCUAUAAUAGUUUCUUCCUAAGAUUCAACUAUGUUAUUGUUGUUAUGUACUAGCGCGAUUUUUCGAUCUGAUCGCUUUGCACUAAAUUGCAUUUUUUCAAGAGUAAUGCGUGGACGUUUAAGCGCACGUUCCAAUGAAGAGCAGCGCUCCUUCAUGGGCGCCGUAAUAAACAACACGAAAUAGCCCAAUACAUGCCCAGUCGUUUUUCUGAUCUAUCUAUUGAGAGCGUCAAGUUAGAGGCAGCACCUUCCAUACAAUAGUAACUCCUAGUGUAAUACUGAACAAUAAACUUCUGAACAAAUAAACUUCUGAACAAAUAGACUUCUGAACAAUAAACUUCUGAACAAUAAACCUUACGAGUAUUCUACAAAAUAAUUUUCAAAUUUAGCCUCCUCCGUAGUAGGCAUCUCUAUCGGGGUCACUUGUGUCAGGAUGAGAAAUGAUGCAUGCGAACGAGGCUAUUUCAAAUGUAUGUCCAAAUACUGUAAUACAUACUGUACCGUUCAUUUCUCAUAUGUUUAGGUGCUGAUCUCGCUAAUCUGGUAAAUCAGGCUGCCUUGAAGGCUGCGAGUGAUGGUCAUUUUAAUGUGACAAAUGAACAUUUGGAUUACGCCAGAGAUAAAAUCAUUAUGGGUAAUAUACGAAACGAGUACUUCAUGUAAUAUAGAGGUUCAUUGAACCGGAUAUGCUGACACAGCGUACGAACGUUAAAAAAUUGUCCGGAAAAAAUGUAUGACCAAACUGAAAUUUAAUCGAAAAUUGUGCACCCAAACUGUUGGUACUUAAUAUCCAACCAGUUCAGCAUUCUUGUGCAAGUCACCACAGACUGGCUAAAAGUUCAUGUUUUAUUACGUACGGUAGGCCCUGAAAGAAAAAGUGCAUUCAUUGAGGAAAAAAAUCGUGAAGUAGUUGCAUAUCAUGAAGGAGGACAUGCAUUGGUUGCACAUUUUACUCCAGGUUUGUGCUAUUAUCAAAAUAAAUAUUUUUUCUUAAUACUCUAUGCAACAUGAAGGAUAAUGAUUUGUUGCCAAUCUUUCUGUAGAAGCCCUACCUCUACACAAAGCAACAAUUGUUCCUCGUGGAGAUGCCUUAGGAAUGGUAAGUUACUGGCUCGAUCACAACUUACUAUACAUACAGCGAUUUCGUUCCCUUAAACGUCCAUUCCCAUAAACUCCCUUGAUCACCUUUUUCACCAUCAAAGUCAGAUUGUACAUUAGAUUAUUGUGUUUGUUGCCGCUAAAGUUCAUCUAAUGGCUUCAAAAUUUAGUAUCAAGAUAUAUUACAUUUCCUCUGGGAAUCACCCAAAUACUGCCCAUACCAAAACUCUAUCAGGGAUUGGUGGCACUCUAAUUGCAACACUGAUCAUGUAUGUUCAGGUAGCUCAACUUCCAGAGAAAGAUGAACUAUCAUGGACUAAGAAACAAUUGUUAGCUAAACUGGAUGUAUGUAUGGGUGGACGUGUUGCUGAAGAACUCGUAUUUGGCAAGGAUAACGUUACAAGUGGUUAGUAUACAGACAUUGUCUAUGCUCGCGUGAAACAUCCAUAUAACGAGCAUUUGAGGAUUGCAAUUAUCUCGGCCAAUAAGCAUUAGGUUAGCAGCGAUGGAUCACUCAAGCCAGAUCAGAUUGGAGUUCUAUAUAUGCUUCGUAGUUGUAUAUGCUUUACACCGCAGCUGAACCUCGUUCCCAGGCUUUUUCCUGUCGCAUGAUAUUGCCUUUCCGAACAAUACGGAAACUGGCAACAUCCAUCUCCCUUUGCCAAGGCUAGGAGGGGUGCACACCCCCAUCCCUGUAUGUUGAAAGUGAUAGGCUGACAAGAUUUAAACUCUGAAAUGCUCGUUACAAAUACCCCACACAGAAAUCUGAGUGAUACCUGUUUUGCCAUGUUAAUGUAAUUAUAUCAAGGAUAAAUUUAAUUGAUCAGUUUUUCCAUGACUCUUGUAUACAACAGCAGUGGAGAACUUAUUUCUGUAUAAAUAAAAUUUCUUUUCUUUAUGAUUUCUUUUCCGUGUAGGGGCGUCAAGUGACUUUUCCCAAGCCACAAACAUAGCCAGAGCUAUGGUCACAAAAUAUGCCAUGAGUGAUAAGGUAAACCAAAUCUUUCUUCAUUGAGAGGUUCACAUUUGACUUCGCUACCGCGACAUCUCACUGGCUUAGUACGCAUCUGAUUGGUUAAUCGGAUAUAUCAAACGCAUCUGAUUGGCCAAUGGACCCGUGAUGGUAGCUGUAGCGGUAGUGGACGUCAGAUCUGAAUUUCACUAUUAUCUUACUGACAACUGAUUUGAAUUUUUUGACAUGGCAUCCAAAGCAGACGUACAAUUUUAAUGGUUUAGCAACUGAAAUAAAGGCGAUAGUUAUGAAUAAACAUAUUCCUGACCGUGUUUGAAUCUGAACUGCCCGUGUUUGAAUCUGAACUGCUCGAGAAAAUUAAAAACAGUUACACGUUUCCAGUGGCGCAAACUUUGCGAAAAAUUGGGGGGGGGGGCGAGUGCCGAAGGCACGAGAUUUCUAGGGGGUAUGGGGGAAUGGUGGUCCAGAAAAUUUUUAAAACGUUUGGAUCCCUGAAAUGGCAUUUGCAGCAUUCUGAGAGCACAUCUUGUAAGCAAUUUCAGGUUUUCAAAACAUUAAUUUGAUGUUGCAUUUUGUUAUAAAUCAUAUGCUAAGCAUAAAAAACGACAUUGCAGAGAAAAUAUUCUAGAUGAUUAAAUACAUUUGUGAAUGGAAUUUAACUCUUUCUCGACAAGUCCCACGCAUCGUCAGCUUCUAGAAGCUGGCGACUUUGUAUGUUCAUAUCUUCGGUUCAGUGCAUGCUAUGAAGACAAUAAUACCACCAUUCGGUUCAGUGAAACAAUAUCAACUAAUCCCUCACUGCCAACAUUGUAGCGAUUUUACGAUUUAUGACCUUUGAAAGUCAAGCGAGAUCGUAUAUUAUCAAAUUACGCAAUUGUCUGAACCUAAUAAUAUAGACUAGCCAUACCUUUCGCCGAACAUAACUUCGGCCCCUUCGGACUUAUCUUCUUUGUAAUAGUCUUGUUCGAAUCGCUAUCAACUACACUAUGUAGAGUGUCAUUUUCGAGCCUGUAUCUUCAAAUUUGCAUCUUUAUCAUGGUAGUAUUUCCAUUACUGGUCCGACUGUGAGCUAUUAAUCUCAACCGGAAAUACAAUUUCAAAACGUCAAAACAAUGCGACGCUUGUAUCGUACGACUCUGGAAGUGGCAGAAAUCGAAGUGCACCUAUACGCGUGAUUUUUUACGUCAUUCGGCUACAGGAGCUGCUUAUUGGCCAAGUAUAGCGCGUGGCACGCACAUUACAUUUUUCAAAAUGAAAGCUAGCUAAAAUUAUUUGGGGGGAGGGGAUCGUCCCUUGCCCCCCUCCCCCUAGUUUCCGCUAGUGCGUUUCGCCUUGCUAAUGAGUUUAGUCAAGCUAAUAUUAGUCACGAUAACCUCCUCGCCAAGUCCUUCGCUCUAAACAGCGAAGCGGCUGAAAAUGGAGAUACUCCUGAUUUUCCGAUAUAUUCUUCGUAUUCCCUUCAGGUUGGUCCACUGGUUAUUAAAGAUGAUGACAAGUUAAGUCCUGAAUUACAGAAUGCAAUUGAAAAUGAAGUGAAGCGCUUCAUUAAGGUAAAAUUAAUAUUAAUUCAUGCUACAGUUAGCGCAAACAAAAUCGCGUAUUUUGAAAUAACCAUAAUAAUUUAACAACAAAAUGGACAGUUAAAAAGUAGUGAGUCCUAGUAAUGAUUUAUAUGCAACCACCCGUGGAGCCGGUUGUUCAAAGCUGGAUUAGCGCUGAUUCUGCAUGCAUGGUUUAAAUUUAACCUGCUAUUUUGGUUUGUGUAUUUCUGCACGCCUCUAUUCCAAAAAUUCAGAAAAUAAAACUUCCGUUGAUCCAGACAAGAGUUCUGGGAAAAUAUUUCCAUGUUUACAAACAAGCUGUUAGGACGAUUGCUUUGAACAUUUUGUUAACCCAGGAUUGAGCUAACUGGCCUUUGAACAACCAGCCCGUGAAGUCAUUUGCACAGCCGCAGCAUUUCUUUUUAUUCCAUGUUUUCUGGUUGAUUUUGCAUGAAAUAUGAAUUGUCCAUAUUAUUCACGUCGGGAAAAACAGUGUAUGAAAUUCAUUUACAUUUCUUUUCAUGUUUAAAGGAGUCAUACGAACGUGCAAGAAAUAUUCUUCAACAUUAUUCAACGGAGCAUCAGAGACUUGCAAAAGCCUUGUUGCAGUAUGAAACUUUGAACGCUGAGGAAAUAGCAGCAAUUAUUCAGGGAAAAUCCAUCGAAAAAACACACUAGUUCUUAUAUAGGAUGUUAAUAACAUGCAAUUGUGGAUAUUUACAACAUUUUGGUGGGAAGUUGGCGAAUGUUUGAAUUUGUCCUCAACGUGACAACGUACGUUGUUGUUUCAGAAACAACUUACAGUAAUUCGCAGUCGGACGCAUUUGAGUUUUAUACAAACUGAUUUUACGAGCAAAUAAAAUAUUUAUACUUAUUUCGGGUUUCUUGGAGAUGUAGACAAAUGCAUGGUGUUGUGGAUUAAUACCAACAUAAAAAUUGAGCGAGCGAAACAUCAAUACCAACAUAGUCAAUCGACAUAUGGUCUACAAACUCGGGAAACCGAGUUCAGCUUAGAUCAGUGGUUCAGCUU